AUGCAGCGGCCGAUCGCGGGGCGGCUGAAGCACGCGGCGGGGUCGACGCCGCUCGUGGUCGUCGCAGACGACGUGCCGCCCAUCAGGAUCGCGGAGCGCCGUGCGAUCGACCACCUGAGCGAUCUCGACCAUCCACGUGGCUCCCCGCUCGCCAGCGGCAAGCACGCCAGCCCGCAAGCCGCCGUCUUCCGCGCGGUCGCCGCCACCGGCGGCGUCGCCUCCCCGGUCGCCGCCUUCUCCCCCGCGGCGCUCUCCCGUGAGUUCGCGCUCGCCGCCGGCAGCCACUUCCACGGCGGCCCCGCGCACGCGGGGCACAGCGCACACGCAGGCCAUGGGGUGGGGGGAAGCGGGCCGGUGGGUACGGAGAGGGCGGGCGGGGGCGCGGUGGUGUCGAACGUGGCGGUGGUGGCGGUGCUGCUGCUGCUGCUGAACCUGUCGACCAUCUACCUCUUCUUCCAGUCCGGCCUCUCCUCGCGCUCCCUCUCCGCCGCCUCCGCCGACAUCCGCCUGCGCAGCGGACCGCAGGAGCGCGCCAUGGCGCACCACGCCGCGCUCUCCAGCGACCCCCCCGCCCGCGCACGCACGCACGCAGGGGGCGGGGCAGGCAGCAAUCCGGUGCAGGCGGAGGGGGGGGCGGGCAUGGGGAGGGGCGUGGGGGCGCACUUGAGCUUGGCAGUGAGGGCGCGGGAGACGGUGAACGGGCGGCUGUUCCACAUCGCACCGGGGCUGGCGGCCAGCAAGGUGCCCUGGAACGCCACCGACAACUCCUUCCUGCUCUCCCUCGUACGUCCUUCCUGCUCUCCCUCGUACGUCCUUCCUGCUCUCCCUCGUACGUCCUUCCUCCUCUCCCUCGUACGUCCUUCCUCCUCUCCCUCGUACGUUUCAAGCCUCUCUUAG